CUACUGCGGGCACAACCACGAUCCCCGGGGGGCCGUUUCAAGAGCUCAGGCUCACGUCCUCCCGCUCGAAGUUGUCGACGAGAGGUAUGCUGACAUCCGUAAAUGGACAGCGGCUGGCGUCGCUCCGACGGACAUCUUCAAACUGCUCGAAAUGGAUCACGACGGCAAGAUCUUGGACAAAGUUGGGAAAAGGAAGGUGUACAACGCCAUCCACAAGGUUCAAGACGAGUUGUACUCCACGCCCGAGGACGGCGCCGAUUUCCUGGCGAAGUUGGGAGCAAAACCGGGGAUGUUCGUCAAGCGCACUUUCGACGAUCUGGGGAGGAUCGUGAAUGUGUUCUGGGCCACCGUGGACCAACAGGAGAAGAUGUCGAGGUUCGGCGGCUGUGUCCAGAUGGAUACAACCGUGUUUACGAAUAGGUACGUCUGGGAUAAUGUCACCGUUCCAGAACGCUCCGUCCCGUCCUAGCCAGCUUCUUUGCUUCGGUAUCCCCUUCCCCCCUCCUCCAUUUUCAUUUUUUACUGACCAUUGUUGUAGUAUUUCGGGUCUUCAACUUUAGGUGUGCAGUGCGGCAGGUGCCUAACACUGUGAGCGGGAACUUGGGGUCUUCUAUUUGUCUUCUUCGUCUGAAUGAUCUCUUAAUAUCCUCCCUCAGAUGCUGUCCCAGCACCGGAGUGGGUUCAAUCAAGCCUCUGCGGGGAAUCCGCAGAUGGGAUAGAUACGUGCCUAGGGAUACUCAACUGCCGUUUCAUGCCCUACAAACCGGCUACCUCCAAUACCAUUACACUAUGCGUCGUCCUG